ACAGUUAGUUUAGGCUGUAAAAUAGUGUUAUAUAAUAAUUUCAAUAAUGUGCCAAUCCAUAUAGUACUGAAAGCAACUUGUCAAUUAUAGAUACCAAGAGAUCUACAAAUAAAAUCAUUUUGCAACUUUCUUAUAGGUAGUUGCAACAAUCCAUGUUAGUUUACUAGGCACUUGAGAGAAAAGAGAUGGGAAAAAAAGGUAAAUGGCUCAAAAAUUUCUUGACAGGGAAGAAGGACAAAGAAAAAGAGAAGGAAAAAUGUAACACAAACCAGAAUUUUUCAAAUGGAACAGAAAAUCCAACUACUCCUGUUUCAACAACACCCUCAAAGGAGAAGAAGAGAUGGAGUUUUAGAAGAUCAUCAGCAACAGCUACACCAACAGCUUCCAAGGAAUUGAAUAAUUCUGAAAUUACUGCUUCAAUGACAGUGCAAAGUACUGUCAUUGAUAUUCAGAAUGAGCAAAGGAAUCAUGCCAUUGCUGUGGCUGCUGCUACAGCCGCGGCAGCUGAUGCAGCAGUGGCAGCUGCACAAGCUGCAGCUGCUGUGAUCCGGUUAACUUCUGGUUCAAAUGAAACAUCUAAAAGUAUUGAAGAUGCUGCUGCUGUUAAAAUUCAAUGUGUCUUUCGAUCUCACUUGGCAAGAAAGGCAUUGCGUGCUUUAAGAGGAUUGGUGAAGUUGCAGGCACUGAUAAGGGGUCACUUGGUGAGAAAACAAGCAAAGGCAACACUCAGAUGUAUGCAGGCUCUGGUCACAGCACAAGCUAGAGCUCGUGCUCAAAGGAUCCGAAUGGUGUCAGAAGGAAAGCCUCAUCUAAAUCACAGAAAUGCUAUGGAAAAUGACUUGUUCAGGCAAAUAUAUAAUGAAAUGGACAGAGGCUUGGAAGACAACAUCAAAAUUGUGGAGAUGGAUUUUUGUGAAUCAAAAGGCAACUCUACAAGCAGAAGCAGCAGUGUAAAUAGACAACAUUAUGAGCAAUCUGAAAAUAGAUAUUCCAUAAAUGGUUCCUAUACGAAAGAAGAAAACUACAAAGUAUCACCAGCUCCAUCAGCUUUAACAGAAUUGAGUCCAAAAGCAUGCAGUGGCCAUUUUGAGGAUUGCUUCAGUACAGCUCAAAGCAGUCCUCAAUGCUAUUCUGCUAUAUCAAAAACAGAUGAAUCAAAUCACCCUUUUGCUUUCCCUAGGCCAUCUUAUGCAGAACAAAUGUCCUAUGACUACCCUUUGUAUCCAAGUUACAUGGCUAAUACAGAAUCAUCAAGAGCUAAAGUUAGAUCACAAAGUGCACCAAAACAAAGGCCUGAUUCAUUUGAGAGGCAACUGAGUCGGCGGAGAAUUUCGGUUGAAGGAAGAAAUGUUCCUAGGCCAGUGAGGAUGCAGAGGUCAUCUUCACAAGUAGGUGCAGCUGCUCAGAACUACCAAUAUCCAUGGUCAAUUAAGCUUGACAGAUCGGCGGUUUCACUCAAAGACAGCGAGUGUGGUUCGACAAGUACAAUGCUCACAAACACUAAUUACUGCAGAUCCCUUGUUGCAUAUGAUCCAGAGGGAGAUAGGUACUGAGUGUGUACCUUGUGCAACACUAAAAUAGAAGUCACAUUGCAAGACCAACAAAAACGUAAGCAUUGAGGUGUUAAGGUUUCUGAGUUCUUCUUUUCCUUUUAGAGUUCCAAAGAAAAUAUAAGUUCUGUUUUUUAUGAUAUAGAGUGCUGGGAUUUAUUGAAAGUACAACUUCUGUAGAGUUUUUUUUUCUUCUUAUAUUCAUUGUUUGUACUGUCUGUGAAUUACAUUUGUGUGAAGGAUUUGUAAUGGUUUUUUGUCAUGUAUAAAUGUUACCAAGUUAGAUAUAUUUCAGAACAGCACUGUUUUACUAAA